GGGGAAAUAACCUCUUAUAAAUCAGCCCACACUGGCCAGCCCCACCAGCAGAGCUGCCGACCAACUGUGGAGGGAGUCUCAUCGCCACCAUGAAUUUCUCCGGCAAGUACCAGCUGCAGAGCCAGGAAAACUUUGAGCCCUUCAUGAAGGCAAUUGGUCUGCCUGACGACCUCAUCCAGAAGGGGAAGGACAUCAAGGGAGUGUCGGAAGUCGUGCAGAAUGGGAAGCACUUCAAGCUCACCGUCACCACCGGGUCCAAAGUGAUCCAGAACGAGUUCACCCUGGGGGAGGAGUGCGAGCUGGAGACCAUGACUGGGGAGAAGGUCAAGGCAGUGGUGCAGCUGGAAGGUGAGAAUAAACUGGUGACAUCUUUCAAAGGCAUCAAGUCCGUGACAGAACUCAAUGGAGACACAGUCAUCCACCUGUUCGUCUCUGCUGCCACCUCCUGA